UUCAGCACUGCAUUUCUCAAAACAAGAGGGCAAAUAUUUGUUUUAAAUUCAGAAAAUUCAAGCCACAAAUGGAUGACAUAACAGCCUGGCAUCUACAGAAACACAAAGGAGUCAGAUGGCAAGUAAUAUUUUUCUUAUUUUUGUUUUGGUUUUGUGAUUCAGUUUCUGGAGAGCUUCAUUAUUCUAUUGCUGAAGAAAUGAGAAAAGACACUGCUAUAGCCAAUAUUGCUAAAGACCUUGGUUUAGAUGCUCAGCAACUUUCACUGAGAAGACCUCGCAUUGUUUCGCGUGUGUCAGAAAAAUAUUUUUAUGUCAGUUUAGAAAAUGGAAAUGUAUAUAUUAAAGAUAGAAUUGAUAGAGAAUCAAUCUGUGCAAGGACAGGGACCUGCUUUCUUACCUUCGAUGUAGUGGUUGAAAAUCCAUUAAGUGUUUUCAAAGUGAAGCUUGAAAUUCAUGAUAUAAAUGACAAUUCCCCAAUGUUUUUUCAUGAAACCAUCAAGUUGGAAAUCAUUGAAUCUACAUUACCAGGAACAACAUUUAUUUUACAAAAUGCUCAGGAUCCAGAUAUUGGAACUAAUUCUGUACAAACAUACAAGCUCAACGACAAUAAGUAUUUUUCAAUCAAUGAAAAGACCAGAUCAGAUGGCAGUAAAUUUCCAGAACUUGUCUUAGAGGAACCUUUAGAUCGUGAAACACAAAAUAUUCAUGAAUUAAUUUUAACUGCUUUUGAUGGCGGGAACCCCAUUAGAUCGGGAAGUGCUUUAAUUAAGGUUAUUAUUACUGAUGUAAAUGAUAAUGUACCAAUAUUUGCACAAGAUGUAUUCAAAGUUACCAUAAGUGAAAAAAUUCAAAUUAACUCUAUAGUGGCUGUCAUAAGUGCAAGUGACAAAGAUGAAGGAUCCAACGCGGAGAUUACAUAUUCUUUUAGUGAACUCUCUGAAAGUGUUUUCCAAACAUUUAAUAUCCAUCCUACAAUGGGAGAAGUUAAAACUAAAGCCAUUUUGGAUUUUGAAAUUACAAGAGGCUUUGAAAUAUCUUUGCAAGCAACGGAUGGAGGUGGCUUUGUAGCCCAUUCCAAAUUACUAAUAGAAAUAACAGAUGAAAAUGACAAUGCACCAGAGAUAUCCAUUACCUCAUUUUCAACUCCUAUUCUUGAAGGCACUGCUCCUGGCACACCGAUUGCCCUAAUUCAAGUUCAUGAUCAAGAUUCUGGAGUGAAUGGAGAGGUUGACUGUCAUAUAAUGGGGGACAUACCCUUUGACCUAUUGGCAUCAUCGGACAGUUAUUAUAGAAUUGUUACAACAAGUGACAUGGACAGAGAGGCCAUUUCCCAUUAUAACAUUACAGUUGUGGCCACAGACAGGGGCUCACCUCAACUGUCCACCAGGCAUACUAUUCAGUUAGAAAUUUUGGAUGUUAAUGACAAUGCCCCAGUUUUUAUAAAAUCAACAUAUUUUGCCUAUGUACCAGAAAAUAAUUUGCCAGGCACCACUCUGUACAGCAUACAUGCUUCAGAUAUUGAUUACGGAGACAAUUCAAAAGUUGUUUAUUCAAUAUCCAGCACAAAUACAGAGGGAUUUCCAGUAUCAUCAUUUCUUUCCAUUAAUAUAGAAACUGGAGUUAUCUAUGCUCAACGGUCAUUUGAUUAUGAGCAGCACAAGGAAUUUGCAAUUGUAAUAACUGCAAAAGACAAUGGGUCUCCAUCUCUGAGUAGCAAUGCAACAUUGAUGAUCCAUAUUGUUGAUCAGAAUGAUAAUGCACCAAAAAUUCUGUACCCAUCAGUAGAAAGUGGCGACUCAACUGUGAUUGAAAUGGUCCCCUUUGCCUCCAGGCAAGGUUCUCUAAUAACAAAAGUGGUUGCGAUUGAUGCUGAUUCUGGUCAUAAUGCCUGGCUUUCUUAUCAUUUCAUACAAAUACCUGAACCUUCUCACUUUACCAUUAACCAACACACAGGGGAAAUCAGAACAUCACGUAUCUUUCACGAAAAGGAUGUUCUGAAACAUAAAAUAGUGGUCAUGGUAAAGGACAAUGGAACUCCUCCUCUUUCAGCAACUUCUACACUAAACUUUAUUGUUGGAGAUAGUUUUCAACAGGUAUUUCCUAAACUUGGUAAUAAAUUAAUUGAUGACUCUUCCAAUUUGCACAUGUAUUUUAUAAUUUCCCUUGCUUUGAUUACUUUAUUAUUUAUUUUAACUGUUACAUUGGUCAUUAUAUCAAAGUGUAAGGAGUCAAAACGAUCUCAAGCCAUUGAUUCUCUAAGCACAAAUAUAUAUUCCCAAGUAGAUCCUAGGAUGUUUUCACAACAUACCAAUGGGACUUUACCUCUGCCAUAUGCAUACAACGUUUGUGUGGCUUUGGAUUCCACUGAGAAUGACUUUACUUUCCUGAAACCAAAUGAAGAUGUUCCCAUAGACAAUCUUAUCGAUGCUGAUGAUUUAGGGCUUGGAAAUACAAACGUUAAAGAAUCUUUGGGAAUCAGCAGUUCUGCACAGGUAAGUUUCAUGAAUGAUUAAAUUGUUGAUGUUAAUGUACUACAUUUAUAACAAUUUUACUGAUGAAUUAUAAUAGACAUCUAGUUUGUUGUUAUUCAUUUGCUAUACCAUGAAUGCUAUGAAUAUUUCCAUAAUGUACAAAUAAAUGCUGCUGAGAAUAUAAAUUGUUGAAAUAACCAGUAGCAUUUGUAAUUAUGGCUAAAAACCUAUGUGACAGGUAUAAAUCAGUAAAACAUUUUAUUUUUUCCUAAUUUUGUUCCUCAAUCUACACGAUAUGGUACUUACACUUCCAUGGUUGUAAUCAGUUUUGUUUUGCCAUUUGUACUAUACUCUACUGUGUUAUACUUCACUAGACCAUAUUAUUAUUCAGAAGGAAUUAAACAACUCAGGGUUGCUGAGGGUGAAAGGUUUUAAAAGUAUACAAUAAAAAAAACAUAUUUGGUUGAAUGCAUGUAAUGUAAAUGUAAAGAACAGGAUAGUAUUGUAAGAUCAAGUUCUUUUUUUCGUAUAUUAUCCCCUUAAGGACAAUGGGUGGUCCCAAAACCCAUUGAAAACAAUGCAUUUUGAGCCCGUACAUGUACAGGCUUUGUCAUUAGGGGGUUAAACUCAUGUUUUUAGACAUAUUUUGAUAAUGUCUAAAGUCCAGUAUAAUAUCAUGGAAAAGCACGUGUGCUGACAUACACAUUCAGCCAAAUGUUGGAACCAGCAGAGCAUAGCCGGCUCCUGUACUGUCAGCUCUAGCUGUACCUGCUGUAUCCAGACCAAGACACAUGACAAGAA